UGGCACCAGUAGAAUCAUUUGGUCGAGCUAUUCCAUCAAUAAUUCUCCGGAAGGGGCAAAGCGAACAGAUUCUAGGAGCAGGGCAACAAUAAGCGACAAAAUGCAAUCUAUCUCUGUGGCAGUUUUUGCGAUUUGUUCCAUCGCGGUGCCGAGGAAAACCCAUGAACUCGCAUUGUUGAUUUUGGCCGUGUGUUUCGCAUUCGCUCUACCGUGCGAUGCCUGGGAAAUGAAGGCCGUGGCUACGAAUACGAAACCUCCGGUGGGGCCAUCGGCAAGGACGACACUGGCAAUGAACACGAACGAGAACACGAGCCAUCGAUUUCCAACGAGGCGGUCCUUCUUUUUCUUGGCACCAAUCCUCCCAUCGGCAGCAAUCGCGAAUGCCGCCGCUGCGAUGGCCGAAACCACCACCGGCGGCGGCAUCGACACAAACCAAAGCGCGAACGAUCCAAGCCAGAGGGGCAACGAAGCGUCCAAGCCACAGCAGCAGCGACCCUUUGUUUCCGCCGCAUACCCCCGCAAGGAACUCACCAAUUCCAUAGUGGCGUCGCGGGACACCAACAUUUCGCCCGCGGAGGUCUACGAAACGAUCCUGCGACUCAGGAAGGAACGACCGGGGGAAAGCGGCGUCACCGCCAGCGGCUCGGUGCCCCCCGGCCGUCCCCGUGCGCUAGACGUGGGAGCGGGGGCCGGGGUCAGCACCCAGGUCAUCUACGACCAGCUCGGGUACGUCGACAUCGAUGCCAUCGACUGGAGCGGGGAGGCCUGGAGAAUCAACGUCGUCGAGGGUGGCUAUUGUCCGCCGACCGUGAACUUCUACGAACUGGACGACGAGCGGUUCGUCGAAACGGUGUGGAAGGAAGAACACCUCGAGAAAUACGACAUCAUCGCGUUCAAUUUUGCGGUCAACCGCCAGAAGGCCCUCUACUUUUGCAGGAAUCUGCUGAAACCGGACGGUUUGCUGCUGGCACCGGUCAACGCCCAGACGGACUACUGGUUGAAGCAAACCUACCAGCUGCUGAACGCGAACGGCGAGGUGGUCUGGUCGACGAUCGACGUCGGAGCCUGGAGCGUGCAGUUUCAGCCCGAUGUGACGCAAGACACCUGCCAGGGGAUCUGGUGCAGCCCGUUCAACGGGUUCCAAAAGAUGCGCCGGUAGGAACGCCCAGCAUGGUAGUGGUUCGACGGAACGGUGUACCGAGUAACACU